AUGGCUCCUACUGGAGCUUUUGAGAGCCAGAAGAAUAAAGAACAUCGAGUGCACAAAGUCGGAGGAAAGGUUACGAAGAUAAAGGAAAAGAAUAAAGUCAAAGGUAACAAUGCGAAGGCUUUCACUUUCAAGUCUGCAGUUGCUGCGGGUAAAGCAAUCAGAAGAGCUGCUGAUAUCAACGAAAGGAAGAAACAUAUAUUGUUUAUGGACAGGAAGCCUGUCAUCCCUCCUCCAAUCAUCGUCGCAAUCGUUGGUCCUAGCAAAAGUGGUUUUGAAGAGUUAAAGGGACCAGUGACCAUUGUCACAGGAAAGAAACGUCGAGUUCAAUUCAUCGAAGUUAAGAACGAUAUCAAUCACAUGAUUGAUAUCGCGAAAAUUGCUGAUUUGGUAUUGUUGAUGGUCGAUGCAUCGUAUGGCUUCGAAAUGGAAACAUUCGAAUUCCUUAAUAUCUGCCAAGUUCAUGGAAUGCCCCGCGUGUUGGGAAUUCUAAACCAUUUAGAUUGUCUGAAAGGGAUAGGAAAGGUAAAUAAAGUGAAGAAAGUGAUGAAACAUCGAUUCUGGACUGAGAUUUAUCAGGGCGCUAAGUUGUUUUAUCUUACCGGAAUGUAUCAUAACGAAUACAAGAAGAAUGAGCUGCAUAAUCUAGUACGAUUCAUAUCGGUCAUCAAAUUUCGUCCACUUAUUUGGCGUGAUGCCCACCCAUAUGUGUUGUGUGAUCGUUAUGAGGAUGUUACUGACGCAGAGGUAUUGAGAACAAAUCCAACAAUCGACAGAACAAUUUGCCUGUACGGUUGGGUUCAUGGUGCUCAUCUAAAAAACCACAGUGCGGUUCAUAUCCCUGGUGUGGGCGAUCUUCGCGUCAAAGACGUCAGCAGCAUUCCUGAUCCAUGUCCACUUCCGGAGCAGCUAAAGCAACGAGCUUUGAAUCAGCAGGAGCGCCUAGUAUAUGCACCUUUCUCUGGCCUCGGAGGAAUUGUUUACGACAAGGAUGCAAUAUACAUAGAGUCGAAAGCACAUAAGAACAUGAAUGCUAAGCGACACGAAUUAGUGGAGGCUUUGGAGAAUGUGAAGACGACGAUUGACGGAAAACUUAGUGGAGCAAGAUUGACACUGUUGGGAGAUUCUGUGCCAAUCGAGGAAGAAGAGUUAGAAGAAGUCAGUUUUUUGGCGCGAUACUAUAUAACUCGAGUUGGUUCAUUUGUUAUUGCAGACGAUAUGGAUGAAGAGCAAGAAGAAAAAGAGGAAAGCGAUGACGAAGAUCCUUCGAAAGAAGAUGAGGCCAAAUUAUCAGCAGUUGAGCGAGCAGAAGCUGCAGCUCGAGAGAAGCGUAAAGAAGAGAAAAUAAAGCUCAAGCAACGUUUCAAUGAUGACUACGAUGACUCCUGCAAACAUUAUAACGCCUUAAAGAAUGAGAUGGAGGAGCAAGCCCAACUUAACAAGAGUAUUUUUGAAGGAAUGGAUGAAAGUGAGCGAGAGCAGCUGGAAGGAUUCCGAGCUGGUCGCUACGUUCGUAUUGAAAUAGAAAACGUACCUUGUGAAUUUGUCGAGAAUUUCGACCCAACCUCACCUUAUAUUGUUGGUGGAUUAUUGACCGGUGAGCAAAAUAUGGGAGUGGUUCAGGUACGCAUAAAACGACAUCGAUGGUUUGAAAGAACUUUAAAGUCACGAGAUCCACUGAUCAUUCAUUGCUGCGUUUUGGCGCAGAUAUCAAAAACUGUUGUCAUAUAUUCCAUUCAGCCGGGAUACCGGAUUGUCGCUACCGGAGUUGUGUUGAAUCUUGAAAAGAGCACUGAUGUCGUCAAGAAACUAAAACUCGUUGGUACUCCUGAGAAAGUGUUCAAAAAUUCUGCUUUUAUUAAGGGAAUGUUCAACACUCAAAUGGAGGUAGCGAAGUUUGAAGGAGCAUCGAUUCGAACUGUAUCGGGAAUUCGUGGUCAAAUCAAGAAAGGGUUGCAUGAACCUGCUGGCUCGUUCAGGGCCACAUUUGAGGAUAAAAUAUUAAUGAGAGGUAAGCAGAACUUCUUCUUAACCAUCACUAUAUCGUGUUUUUGCGGUCUUGGGUAUCUGUACCUAUACCUCCGCUUCUAUGCACCAGUUAUCGACCACCUCCUGCCGCCAGGAGAGCCGUGGGUGGGAAUGCGUACAGUCGGUAAGAUGCGACAUGAGCUUGGCGUUAAACCGGAACAGCGCGGAGGACUCCUUGCUAUAAGGCCGUCGAACGUUGGUGCAACAAAAAAAAAAAAAUUGGAACCGGUUCCAUCUCUUACAUUGUGUCUUCUACAGGACGCUGACGAUUUUGAUGAAAUGGAGCAGUCUGGAGAAGAUUCUGAUUUGGACGAAGGCUCAGACGAGGCAAUGGCGGACCUAUCCGACCACGAUUCAGAAGAACAUUUUCGUGGCGCAAAAUCUUCGAAGUCGCCAUUUGAUUCUAGCGAUGAGAGCAGUGGUGAGGAAGAAUCUGAUGAUGAACAACCAACGAUACGAAAGUUCGCUGACGACUGGGGAGGACUGGCUCGAAAAGCUCUUGAAGGAUAUCAUCCUGAGCAACAAAUCAGGCUGAAUUGGAUGAGCAUUAUUUAUAAACAAGAAGAUGAACAAGUACCGGCACCGAAAGCGGUUGAUAUUGGUGAUGGUUUAUUCAAAGUUCGAAAAACUGAAUGCAAGCCCAUACAUCAGCAGGAAGACGGCCUUUUAUGGAACCAGUGCGCUUCGACUUCCUCUGCGACUCUCAACUGGAAUGAUGAGGAGACGCGAUCAUCCAUUGCCGACUGUUUUGUUACAGGAACAUGGACUGAAGAUGAUGAAAUCGAGAAGAAGCUUCAAGACGAUAUGGAUGAAGAGCAAGAAGAAAAAGAGGAAAGCGAUGACGAAGAUCCUUUGAAAGAAGAUGAGGCCAAAUUAUCAGCAGUUGAGCGAGCAGAAGCUGCAGCUCGAGAGAAGCGUAAAGAAGAGAAAAUAAAGCUCAAGCAACGUUUCAAUGAUGACUACGAUGACUCCUGCAAACAUUAUAACGCCUUAAAGAAUGAGAUGGAGGAGCAAGCCCAACUUAACAAGAGUAUUUUUGAAGGAAUGGAUGAAAGUGAGCGAGAGCAGCUGGAAGGAUUCCGAGCUGGUCGCUACGUUCGUAUUGAAAUAGAAAACGUACCUUGUGAAUUUGUCGAGAAUUUCGACCCAACCUCACCUUAUAUUGUUGGUGGAUUAUUGACCGGUGAGCAAAAUAUGGGAGUGGUUCAGGUACGCAUAAAACGACAUCGAUGGUUUGAAAGAACUUUAAAGUCACGAGAUCCACUGAUCAUCAGUUGUGGUUGGCGCAGAUAUCAAACUGUUGUCAUAUAUUCCAUUCAGGACCACAACAUGAGGCAGCGGUUUUUGAAGUACACACCUGAGCACAUGCAUUGUCAUGCACAGUUUUGGGGGCCAAUUGUUGCCCAGAAUACGGGUUUUGUUGCUGUACAGUCAGUAGCCGAUAAAACGCCGGGAUACCGGAUUGUCGCUACCGGAGUUGUGUUGAAUCUUGAAAAGAGCACUGAUGUCGUCAAGAAACUAAAACUCGUUGAUAUCGUGUUUUUGCGGUCUUGGGUAUCUGUACCUAUACCCCGCUUCUAUGCACCAGUUAUCGACCACCUCCUGCCGCCAGGAGAGCCGUGGGUGGGAAUGCGUACAGUCGGUAAGAUGCGACAUGAGCUUGGCGUUAAACCGGAACAGCGGGAGGACUCCUUGUAUAAGCCCGUUGAACGUGAUGAACUGGAACCGGCUCCACUUGUUGUGCCCAGCAAGCUUCAACAGAGCUUACCAUUCAAGCUGAAACCGACAUAUGAGGAUAAAUCGAAAGAGCCUAAGGAGCAGCUUAUUGCCAGAAAUACUGUGGUAAUCCUGGAGCCCGAAGAAGCUAAGAGGAAACACAUGAUGGAUAUGCUGAGAACUAUCAAUACGGAUAUCACAAAGAAAGCCGAGGCCGCGCGCGAGAAGCAAAUGGCCAAGCGAGCGAAGGAGGAGGCUGAGUUCCAAGCAAAACGGGAGAAAAACAUCAAAGAACGCAAAAAGGCGAUAUGUCGCGUCUUGUCGAAGCGUGAACAGUACCGGCUCAAGAAGGCUCUUGGACAAGCGGCUAGCAGUAGUUGA